GAGAAGAGGAGACAAGUGGAUCAGCUGGAGGGGAUCCUGAGAGGAAGGAGAUUAUGGUUGCACCUGCAGUGACACAUUGUAACAAGAACUCCUCAUGGAAUCCUACCUCAGGCAGUACUGUACAAAUCUUCUCCGCACGACUGAACCCCGCCUACUGUCACAUGACCAUUCUCACAGGUCCUUCAUCCACUAUAUCAUCUAUACUGCUGAACUCCGCCCCCAAACAUACUGGUCACAUGAUUGUGACAUCAUUACAGGUCCUACACCUGCACCGAAUUGAAUAUAAAGGAAGGGACCUGCUCGAGCGGUUACUGAUCUUCUGUGUGGAGAUCUCUGCUGGACUAUCUACUCCAGCUGACCCCAUUGUCUCCUCUAAUCCUCAAUGAUCCCCAAGGAUGGACAAGGACAGGAAUGAGGUGAUUAAGAGAAUAUUACACUUCACCUUGGAGAUCCUCCACCUGCUGACCGGAGAGGAUUACACCAUAGUGAAGAAGACAUGGGGGGAGUGUGUGGCCCCCAGCAGCCAUCUCCAUGAGUCAGGAGGACAGAGCAGGGCCCGGGGCCCCAUCACGGAGCCUCCACCUCAGUCACUGAUACAUGAGAAGAAGAUCCUAGAACUCAUCCACAGGAUCACUGAGCUGCUGACUGGAGAGGUUCCUAUAAGGUGUCAGGAUGUGGCGGUCUAUUUCUCCAUGGAGGAGUGGGAGUAUGUAGAAGGACACAAGGAUCUGUACCAGGACAUAGUCAUGAUGGAGGAUCACCGGCCCCUCACAUCACAAGAUGGAGUCAUUGAUAGAAAUCCACCCGAGAGGUGUCCCCGUCAUCUGUAUUCCCAGGACUGUCCAGAGAACCAUCAGAGUGAAAAUUUGAUGAAUAUUAAGGUUGAGGUUAUAGAUGAUGAAGAGGAGACGGAUUUGGGGGCCGAUCAGCAGUAUGGAGUCAUGGAUAGAAAUCCACCCGAGAGGUGUCCCCGCCCUCUGUAUUCCCAGGACUGUCCAGAGGGAAAUGUCCCAGAGAAGCAUCAGGGGGGAGAUCUGACUAAUAAUAAAGUGGAGGAUGAAGAAGAGAGGAUGAGCGGCCAUCACCCGUGUAUGAGGGAAGUGAAGGAGGAAAUUCCAGGAGGUGUUACCCCAGAAAUUCCUUUAAAGAAUUCUGAUAGAAACGUCAUUUUAUCGCUAAAUAUUAAAGUAGAAGAUCAGGAUGAUAUGGAGCGCUCCUCAGGAUACGACCUGUCACCUAAUAAUCCCUCUGAACAUGGCGAACCUUCUCCUCACCAACCACACGUUUUCACCAUAAGAUCCGAUCGGAUUCAAUGUGAUGAAUGUGGAAUCGAAUUUAUAAAAAGAUCAGAUCUUUCUAGACAUAGGAGAAUACACACAGGAGAGAAGCUAUUUACAUGUUCAGAAUGUGGGAAAAGUUUUACACGUAAAUCAGUUCUGGUUGUACAUGAGAGAAGUCACACAGGAGAGAAGCCAUAUUCAUGUGCACAAUGUGGGAAAUCUUUUAUACAGAAAUCACAGCUUGUUAUACAUGAGAGAAUUCACACAGGAGAAAAGCCUUUUUCAUGUUCACAGUGCGAGAAAUGUUUUUCAAGUAAAUCCCAUCUUGUUACACAUAAGAGAAUUCAUACAGGCGAGAAGCCAUAUUCAUGUUCAGAAUGUGGAAAAUGUUUUGCAAGGAAGUUGGUUCUGCUAAAGCAUGAAAAACUUCACUCAACGGAGAAACCAUAUUUAGAAUGUGGGAGUAACGCAGACAAACAUGAGAGGAGUCACACAGGAAAGGAGCCAUUUCUAUGUUUAUUAUGUGGGAAAAGUUUCACACGUAAAUCAGUUCUUGUUAUACAUGAGAGAAGUCACACUGGAGAGAAGCCAUAUUCAUGUUCAGUAUGUGGAAAAUGUUUUAUACAGAAAGCACAGCUUGUUAUACAUGAGAGAAUUCACACUGGAGAGAAGCCAUAUUCAUGUUUACAAUGUGGGAAAUGUUUUGCAAGUAAAUCUCAUCUUGUGUCACAUGAGAGAAUUCACACAGGAGAGAAGCUAUUUCCAUGUUCACAUUGUGGGAAAUGUUUUACACGUAAAUCACGUCUUGUAAUACAUGAGAGAAUUCAUACAGGAGAGAAGCCAUUUUCAUGUUCAGAAUGUGGGAAAUGUUUUUUUGCUAAUGACAAACUAAGGAAUCAUCAAAGAAGUCACACAAGAGAGAAACCAUUUUGAUGUUCUAUGUGUGGAAAAAGAUUUACAAGGAAAUUAGUUUUAUUUUCAACCUGAGGAGAGAAUUCACAAAAAGAAGAAACCAUGAAUGUGGGAAAUGUUGUUAGAGGAAAAAUAUUCUUCUCCUACCUGGUUAUCUAUAGACCUUAUUCAGCCAAUAAAUGGUUUAUCUUCUGGGUGGAAUUAGCCUGAAUUUGCUGUUUGUGCAGGAGACGAUUGAAGGGUUCUCAAUAUGGCCGCCGGACAAUCCACGUGGAGUUCCUCUUUAUAAAUAAACAAACAACAACAAUGUUAACAAUUUGCUUUUAUAUCUUCAAGAUACGUUUAGGGCCGUCCCAAGGUUUAAACAGGUUUUUCAGGAGUUUGGAGGGAGAUCGGGUUUGGAAAUAAACUGGAUGAAAUCAUUUCCCCUCCUCAUAGACCAAAGGGCAAAUCAUUCUAAGCUGGGGGAGAAUCGGGGUCCCUCCACUAUUUGGGAAUUAAAGUAACGGCUGAUCCCAUAGAUUAUUUUAAAGAGAAUUUAAAACCUUUGUUGAAUAAAAUGAAAAAAAAAAUUGGAAGUCUGGAACAGACUGACGUUAAAUAUGGCCGAUCGGAUGGCGGUACUAAAAAUGGUGGCGUUGCCCCAGGUUCUUUUUUAUUUUUAUUUUUUUUUAACGCUUCCCCCAUUUGGAUAACUGAUAAAUGGUUCACUCGAAUGGAGAGAUUAAUGAAGACAUUUUUGAGAAAGAGUUAAAAUAUUUAGAAUUAGUAGCCCCCAAUGAAGAGGGGGAUGGGCCUUGUUAUCCCUUAUUUAUAGCGCAAAUAUUAUCUGCUAUAAAACAGAGGGAAUGGGUGGGAAAAAAGGCGUUAAAUAGAGAGACCGAGGGAGAUGUAGUCACAUUACUGGAUCGGAUGCCCUUUCAUCAUCUUUUUUCUAUGCUCAUAUGUUGACCAAGGGUUGGAAUUAUUUAAAAAUAAAAAUAUUAAAAAAAAAUGUAAGAUAAAAGGGGGUGAGAUUUACUCCCAUCUGGUACAACCUAAGGUUGAGUGAAGUUUUGACUGUUCCCGACCCGGUGUUUUGGGAAGGUAGAGGGAUUAGGGUAUUGGAACACAUUAUUGGGGUAAAUGGUUUGAAAUCAUUUAGAGAACGUCAGGAGGAAUUUCGCCUACGAGAAAUGGACAGAUUCAGAUUUUUUCAGAUACAAAGCGCAUAUAGAGGCACUAAAGAGUUAACUUUUUUCGCACUUAAACAUUACACCAUAUUUAAUGAUGUAAGAACACUGGAAGAUUUAGAUAAGAAAAUUAGAUUUUAUAAAAUAUUACAACAUGAAGUCACUAAAAAAGUAAAAGAUGAAUUUAAGAAGAAAUGGGAGAAGUCACUGGGAGUAAUCACGGACGGCAGCGCGUAAAAGUAACGGCACUGUCUAUACAGAAUUCUUCUACAGUGUAGAUUAUUUCAGUUAAACAUUUCGCAUAAGGUUUAUUCCACGCCGGUUGGUUUAAAGAAAAUAGGUGACUGGCGGGAUGAUAGGUGUCCAAGAUGUUGGGCAGAGGGAGCAGAUUUUGGUCAUAUUAUGUGGGGUUAAUAUAUUCUGGCAAGAAAUAUUUGGGUUUUCUCCUCUACAGGUGUUAUUGGGUGUUCAGGAAGGGGGUAGAGAACAAGGGGCUCUAAGUUACUUAUUCUGAGGGUCUGGUUAUCUUCGGAGGUCCCAAGUAGUGGACAUUGGAAGAACUUGGUUGAUAAAAUUAUGAAAUAUAAAAAAAAGCAACAGUCAAGGAUAAGUAAGAUCUGGAAUAGUUGGAGAUGAGAAGAGAGAAACAAAUUAAUAUAUAAAUCCUGAGGAAUAAAUAGUCGGG